CCGGCUCCCGGAAGCGGAAAAGGAGCGCGGGCUGGGCGGCGGCGGCGCCAGAGGAGGAGGAGGAGCUGGAGGAGCCGCAGGCGCCCGCACGCACCGGCGGCGGCGGCGGCGAGAGGAGAGCAGCCCGCGCCGCGGAGUGUGUGCGGGCGCGGGGUCGCCGCCCCCCGCCUUCCUUCCCCGACCCCCGCGCCUGCUCCGGGCGCCGCCGCCGCCGCCCUCACCUGCGCGCUCUCGCCGCGCCCGCCGGCUCCCGCACCUGCGCCCGCGCCGCGGGGCCGGGGUCCUGGCGCCCCGCUCGCCCGGCCCGGCCCGGCCUUCCCUGGAGCAUCUUCAGCCGGAGCGGCGCCCGCCCGCCCGCUGCUCCUCCCAGGAGCUGGGAGGGUUCCUGUUCUAGUCCAGGGGAUCGGGGUAGAUUAUUAUGGAGAACUAUUAUUGAAGAGAGAUCCAUUUGUUGGCAUGUAAAAAAAAAGAAUGAAUCAAGAUAAAACCUCUAAAUGCAAGUACCAGAAAAAUUACAACACAUCACAGUGAAUUUGCAAGUGGAUUGUCUUUCCUGUGGGUUGGCAGGCAGUUGUAGGACUGCAAAAUGGGUCUCCGGAUUCACUUUGUUGUUGACCCACAUGGUUGGUGCUGCAUGGGUUUGAUUGUCUUUGUCUGGUUAUACAAUAUUGUUAUAAUUCCCAAAAUUGUCCUCUUUCCUCACUAUGAAGAAGGACAUAUUCCAGGCAUAUUAAUAAUAAUAUUCUAUGGCAUUGCCAUAUUUUGUCUGGUGGCCUUAGUAAGGGCCUCAGUAACAGAUCCAGGAAGACUCCCUGAGAACCCUAAGAUCCCACUUGGAGAAAGGGAGUUCUGGGAAUUAUGUAACAAGUGUAAUUUGAUGAGACCAAAGCGUUCCCACCACUGCAGCCGCUGCGGCCACUGUGUGAGGAGAAUGGAUCAUCACUGUCCAUGGAUUAACAAUUGUGUUGGUGAAGAUAAUCAUUGGCUUUUUCUGCAAUUGUGUUUCUACACUGAACUUCUUACUUGCUAUGCACUGAUGUUUUCUUUCUGCCACUAUUAUUACUUUCUUCCACUAAAAAAGCGUAACUUGGACCUCUUCAUUGUUAGACAUGAAUUGGCUAUAAUGAGACUAGCUGCCUUUAUGGGCAUUACUAUGUUAGUUGGAAUAACUGGACUCUUUUAUACUCAACUAAUUGGCAUCAUCACAGAUACAACAUCUAUUGAAAAGAUGUCAAACUGUUGCGAAGAAAUAUCGAGGCCCCGAAAGCCAUGGCAGCAGACCUUCUCAGAAGUUUUUGGCACUCGUUGGAAGAUCCUGUGGUUUAUUCCUUUCAGGCAGAGGCAACCACUGCGAGUUCCCUACCACUUUGCCAAUCACGUCUAAACAGAUGGAUGGUGGGCACAGAUGGGUCCUCCAUGCUGGAAAUGCGUUACAGGUUUUCUGAUAAUAGAACGAUGACAGUCUUCAAGUCAAUUAAAAUCCACCCACCAAUCUUAGGCAUCAUAAUGUGCCCCAGGCUUUAUUUUAAUAGUGAUCUUGAUCCUGUUGUGGGACUAACACAAGAUCUAUAGUUAAGUUUCAAAGCAUGUUUACUUUCAAAUUAGCUUUCCACGGGGAUUUCUUAAAGUGCUUUUGUUAUUAAACUCAAAAGGCAGUGAUUGGGAUGAAAUAAUUGUACAUAAUUUCUUUUAGCACUGACAAUAUUACAGAUUUUAAUUUAUGGGAAUUUUCAGAUGUUUAUUUGAAAUUUUCACUCUUGAGCAGUACUAAUCAAAUCUGAAUUUAAUUCUUCAGCUUUUACAAAAGGUUUUACACCUUAUAUGUGAAAUUUCUUUUCAGUACAGUUUAAAAUAUGUUCAUACUUUUAUAUAUACUACAAAUGUAGCAUAGGAUUGAACAACAGAAAAAAGGCAGUGUUUUCUUAGUAGCUUUCUAAUGUUUUCUCUUCACCAAAAAAACAAAAUAAAAAUACCACUAAAAUAAAGCACCAACUAUCUACCUUACAUUAAAGGAAAGAUUAAAUGUUUUUCCAUGUUAAUUUUUCCACUUCUUUUCCCUGUACUAUUGUAAGUAUUGAUUGUUGUUAAUAUAUUUGUUCCAAGGAGAAAACUGACUAAGUGGGCAUGUAUUCCUAUUUUAUCCUAAUAUUUUGGUGAGCAAAUGGAUAGAGAAUUUGCAAUAAAUUCCACAGACACCUUUUCUAGUGCAGUUAAACCAGAAUGAGUGUUUUUAAAAUACUAAUAUAACUAGAAAAUGUAUAAUGUACGGUAUAAAGAGGAAUAUUGUACUUUUGAAAAAUAUAUAUACUUUUUGCUCUUAUUUACCUACUAGUAGAUCUAAAAAUUACACAAGGAAGGUUUAUAUAUAAUAAAUAUAGGCCAGCUAUUCCUGAAACAAAAUUAUAGGAAAUUAUUAGUAAAAGUAAAUAACUUUUGUGUACCUACAAUCAGUCAGCCAAAUUGAAUUUAAAUUUUAAUGGGCCAACUAUAAUUUGGAUUGAGAGACUUUUUUUUUGUAGCUAAUGUUAGGAAAAAGCCUUAAAAUAAGAAAAUAUAUCGAUAAUGAUCUACAUUUGUCAUUAGCCUUACACAAAUUUAAAUUGCUAAAAAUGAUGGUCUCUUGGAAAGCAUAGAAUAUUUGUAUAAAAAGAACUUUAGCAUACUUAGAAAAUAAAUUCAGCUUUAGACUUUUUUCCAUUAGAAUACUGCAAAAUCCAUAUAUCUUUUUUUGAAAAUGUAUGUGCUCACAGUAUUUCUCUUGAAUCUUAGAGGAGAUUGAAUGGAUCUACUGUUCUUGGAACAUCUCAGUAGUUUCCUUUUACUUAGCUUUGAUGGUAGAGUGUCACACCUGAGAAAUCAUGAAACAGAAAGUUGCCAUAUCAGCCAGUUAACUAUACUGUGGUUAGUUCUUUCAGAAACUAUCUUUUAAAAGAAUAGCAUUAGCUGUUCUCAGAAAUAUAAGUGCCAUGUCUUACAUGUUCUGAUUACAAUGCUUUAUUAUUUAAAAGUAUAGAAGUGGCAGAUGAAAAUAUGUAUGAGUGCUGAUAAAAAGCAUAGUAAAUUUAAUAUGAGAAAUUUAUUUGUAGAGCUUAAUGAACCACAUUAUAUGCUCAUGUCAUGGAAAUGGGUUGGGUUUUAUGCAAGGUAACAUAUUGACCAAAUUUGGCCUGAUGGGCCAAACUGUUAUAAGGAAGUAAUGUAUAGACAAUGCAGAUAGAUAUCAAUUGAUUGCUCUACUAACUGGACCUUGAGAGAAUAGGGAAGUGUGAAGUGAGGAUCCCUUGAAGAGCGUUGUAUCCCUUAGCGUCAGUUAUACUUCAUGUAGUACUAGUUACCUUAAAGGUAUCUGGGAGGUUCAGAGCUAACUUCUGCCUCCGUAAUGAGAACCAGAGGUGGUCCCUUUCCCACUCGAAGAGGGUUUUGUUUUCCUUAGAUUUACCAUGUCUAGGGCACAUUCUCUUCCCUCUUGAUACCCUUGCCGAUCUGAUCCCUCUGUAUCUGAGUCCUUUCUGGUACUGGAAUAAAAACUAGCACACUAGGCAAGACAUAUAUUUAUUUUGUUUAAACGGUAGAAAUGCUACAUAUCAAUAUAUUUAUAUAAGAUUCUAUAUUAAGGUAUAUCUAUAUAUACAUGUGCUUUAAUUUUCAGUAUUCUCAAAUUAGCACGCCUAACUGUGGGUUUAGCCUUUGUUAGACAACUUGAGAAAAACCAGCGGGUAGUUUCCUAGGGAGUGCAUGAACUCUAGUGCUCUCUCUGCGCCCUCUUUUGGCUAAUUGGUGUAAUUAUUCUGGCUCUAGAGACUUACUGCCCCAUGAGUAAAUUGAAUAGCCAAAUUCUGAACCUAACAGAGGUACAAGCUUAGGGGAGUGUAUGUUCAAGGCUGUUAUAUUUUAUGAAAAUUAAUGUGUUCCUGUUUAUGAUGACACAUAUAGUUCAUACAAAAUGAUGACUAGUUUGCUUCAUUUGCUUAUGCUCUUAUAUACAUAUAUAUAUAUUUGCUGGUAUUUACAAGUUUAUAUCAGAUCAGGAUAAGCAAAUGUAAACAUUUCAUGAAUUUUAUUUUAAACCUUAUUUUGGCAAAUUAAGUCUUUAGAAUUAGACGUCAUUACUUGAAAAUUACCAAUUUAUUAGGAAACACAGAAAUACAGGAAUCUAUUGUUACAAUGGUAAGCAAGUAUCUAAUGUGCUUUACUGAGUACCUAAAAAAUACAUUUAGUCUUUUUAAUCUCAGUUUUGGAAUGAUUUUUUUCUGAUUCUUUUAUACUAAAAUAAUAAGAUUAAUAAUUCUUUUUAAACUUUCCUACUCAGAGUUAUAGCUCAAGCUUUAGUAGCGAAUUUAUUAUGUAUUCUGGAUAACCCUGAAAAUAACUAAUGAUGUUAACCAAUUAUGAGCUGCUGUUUGGUGAAGUAGUUCCUUAUAAACAUUUCAUUUGAAGCAAAAUGUAUUUUAAAGGAUAUUUUACUCAGCAAAGUCAUUAAUUGGGCUUCGGGAGAUAAGUUUUACAUAGAUAUAUAUUAUACCUCUUGAACAAUUACAUUUUUUGUUGUUCUUUUCCUUAAACAAAAAAUAUUUAUGGGCUGAAGAUUGUAAGCAAAAAUUGACUGAGUUCUCGUUCCCCAAACAGUUAAAGUGCUUUUGAUACUUUGUAACUAAGACUUACAGUUUAAAAAUACUAAAUUAAUUAAUGUUCCAUUAU